UCGCCUCGGCCUCCCGAGUUAGCUGGGACUACGCGCGUGAGCCACCGCGCCCGGCGUAAAGUCUAAAUUAGUUCUUACGCAAAAAGGGAAGAGGGCAGUCCGUAACCUCGCGCAGGAUCUAGCUCUCGAGCUCCAGUCUUGGGCUAGCGCGCAGGGCGGAAGGGGCAAGAAGGUAGAUCCGGGAGGCGGAGAUACGUUACGCCGACGCGGGCGUGACCCUGGGCGAGAGGGUUUGGCGCGAAUUCUGAAAGCAGCCGGCGGAGCGCGCCCAGCGACCAGAGACGGAGCCUUAAGGAGAGCGCGGCGCUUGCCGAGGCGUGCAGCUGGGAGCUGAAACUCGUCUGGGUUGUGCGCAGAAGUCUGGGGCAAGCGAGUAGACUUGAAGUAGGGCGUAAGCCAGGGGCGUUGGGGUCCGCGCGGGUCAGGCGCGGGUCACCCCCGCGGGGUGAAGUCGGAGCGCGCGGCCCGCUGGAAAGAGCAGCGCUGAGGGCCAAGUAAUGGCAAUGCAGAUGCAGCUUGAAGCAAAUGCAGAUACUUCAGUGGAAGAAGAAAGCUUUGGCCCACAACCCAUUUCACGGUUAGAGCAGUGUGGCAUAAAUGCCAACGAUGUGAAGAAAUUGGAAGAAGCUGGAUUCCAUACUGUGGAGGCUGUUGCCUAUGCACCAAAGAAGGAGCUAAUAAAUAUUAAGGGAAUUAGUGAAGCCAAAGCUGAUAAAAUUCUGGCUGAGGCAGCUAAAUUAGUUCCAAUGGGUUUCACCACUGCAACUGAAUUCCACCAAAGGCGGUCAGAGAUCAUACAGAUUACUACUGGCUCCAAAGAGCUUGACAAACUACUUCAAGGUGGAAUUGAGACUGGAUCUAUCACAGAAAUGUUUGGAGAAUUCCGAACUGGGAAGACCCAGAUCUGUCAUACACUAGCUGUCACCUGCCAGCUUCCCAUUGACCGGGGUGGAGGUGAAGGAAAGGCCAUGUACAUUGACACCGAGGGUACCUUUAGGCCAGAACGACUGCUGGCAGUGGCUGAGAGGUAUGGUCUGUCUGGCAGUGAUGUCCUGGAUAAUGUAGCAUAUGCUCGAGCGUUCAACACAGACCAUCAGACCCAGCUCCUUUAUCAAGCAUCAGCCAUGAUGGUAGAAUCUAGGUAUGCACUGCUUAUUGUAGACAGUGCCACCGCUCUUUACAGAACGGACUACUCAGGUCGAGGUGAGCUUUCAGCCAGGCAGAUGCACUUGGCCAGGUUUCUGCGGAUGCUUCUGCGACUUGCUGAUGAGUUUGGUGUAGCAGUGGUAAUCACUAAUCAGGUGGUAGCCCAAGUGGAUGGAGCAGCCAUGUUUGCUGCUGAUCCCAAAAAACCUAUUGGAGGAAAUAUCAUCGCCCAUGCAUCAACAACCAGAUUGUAUCUGAGGAAAGGAAGAGGGGAAACCAGAAUCUGCAAAAUCUACGACUCUCCCUGUCUUCCUGAAGCUGAAGCUAUGUUUGCCAUCAAUGCAGAUGGAGUGGGAGAUGCCAAAGACUGAAUCAUUGGGUUUUUCUCUGUUAAAAACCUUAAGUGCUACAGCCUAAUGAGAGUGUACUGCUCCCUGGGGUUCUCUACAGGCCUCUUCCUGUUGUGACUACCAGGAAAAGGCUUCCGGGAAAACAGCUAUUGUAUCAGCUUUUCUGAUGGUGUAAACAGGAGACAGGUCAGUAAUCACAAACUAAUCUAAAAUGUUUAUUCCUUCUGUAGUGUAUUAAUCUGUGUUUUCUUUGGUUUUGGAGGGGGGGUAUGAAGUAUCUUUGACAUGGUGCCUUGGGAAUGACUUGGGUUUAACAAGCUGUCUACUGGACAAUCUUAGUUUCCAAGAGAACUAAAGCUGGAGAGACGUGACCCUUCUCUCACUUCUGAAUUAAUGGUAAAAUAAAAUGUCUGAGCUAUGUAGCAAAGGGAAUGGGUCUCUGCACAGAUUCUUUUUUUCUGUCAGUAAAACUCUCAAGCAGGUUUUU